ACCAAAACAAACCUGAGAGUGAAACGAGGCAGAGAGAAACUACGCUUCCGGACCAAUACAAAAAGCCUGAAAUAUUACUAAAGCGGCCCUCCGCCGUGCACGUCGCCUGGAAAGUAGUGUGUGGGAAGUCAUUGCUGUCUCCCCUGAGUGUGGGAGAAAGUUACUGCACUACCAGAGGCCCCACACUUGUGACUCAUUUAUUUAACUUGGUGGUGGAACAGUCGUGUGGAGGAGUGUGGGUAGAGGCUCGCCUGCCCAUCCCAAGGAGCAACCACGAUAGGGCCUGAAGAGGAGCUCCUUGCGUGUUUGCAGUUCAGUGGAAAUCAUCACAAGAUGGAGAUCAACUCAUGGUGGCAGCCAGAGAGUGACUUUCUGCUGGAGUUCUGUGACAACAUGAACACAGACAACAGGAAGGGUGGCGGCAUGCCCAUCCCUCGUGGGCCAGGCAACCGGGCCAUGCAGACCCACCACUUCCCUGGCCUGUCCAGCAAGGUUCUGCAGAUGGAGGACCACGGCCUGAUGCCCGGCCAGUCCACCAAUCAGCAGUGGGACACUCAGGCUGGCUCUACAUCCUCCCUCUACCAGGACACCGGCAGCAGCCUGUCGCCGCUGGGUCCCAACUCCCCAUCGCUGUGGCCGCCACACACAAUGGACCUGGACAUUGACAUCAAGAUGGAGCCCCUUGAGCCCCUGGACGAGCUGCUGUCCAUGGACGACCUGCUUCCAGGCAGUUCCCUGGGCCUGAACCCCACCGAGGAUGUCUACCUCGACGAUGUCAACCUGGAUGACCUUCUGAUGCCAGAGCCACUGAACGGGCCGGGCCUCGACCAGCCCCAGUCCCCCAAUGCCAUGAUGGUUGUGGCUCCAGAUGAGGUGAUGGGGAACCACCGCAGCUUUUCCUCCCCCUCACCAGCACCCCCACCAGUGCAGCGCCACAGCCAACCCAUUAAGGCCGAGGGUACAUCUCUCUUCUCCCUGCUGGCCUACUCAUUCCCUCCCCAGGGAGGGGGCUGGAGGGAUCCCCUCCUGACGGCCUCUUCCCUCUCCAGCCAGUCCGCAGGCCCUCACCUGGGCAGCAUUGAGGAGUGUCCUACAAGUGAUCAGCACCAGCACAGCAUGGUGCAGCCCCAACACCAGCAGCAGCAACAUCAUCAACAACAACAGCAACAAAAGCAACAGCAACAGCAACAGCAGCAGCAGCAGCAGUGUUCACCCCAGGCUUCAGAGCCCACUUCAGCCCUUCAGGAGUUGCUUCUACGCUCCCCCUCAGCCCCAAUGUCGCCUCACAGUGUUUCUUCUCCCCAGGGGGCAUCUUCACCCCAAGAGCCUCCUUUGGGACAGUCUGUGCCGAGGCCCACCUCCCUCUCGGCUGCCAAUCCCCUCCUGUCCGCACGCCUCUCUUCCUCAGCACCGAGCCACAACUUCUCGCUUGAGCAGGCCUGGCAGCGCCGUGAGCCCCGCCAGCACCUGCUCUCCACUGGCUCACUUGCCGAGGAACUUGGCGGCUCGGCAUCGUCUCUCAGCACAAUGGGUGGCAUCCUCUCGCCAAGCGGCCAUGACCUGUCCAUUGACGAGGGCAUCGACUCCGACGAAGAGUCAGACAACGAACACUACGACUCAGAAUCAGACAAUGAUUCAGUGGUUAGUGAGGACACAGGGAGCAUCUCUGGCUCCCUCGGCAAGAAGGAGCGUUACUUCUGGCAGUACAACGUGCAGGCCAAAGGUCCCAAGGGGCAGCGUGUCACCAUCAACCAGCAGCAGCGUGACCCCCACAGCCUGCCCUCCGUCAUGGACCCGGUGUUCUCACCACUCUGCUCCAUCCAGGGCAUCAAGCACAGUGGCAAGGCUCGGCGUGGGGAUGGCAAUGAUCUCACCCCAAACCCUCGCAAGCUGGUCAGCAUUGGACGUGAGCUGGAGAAACUCAACAAGACAAUAAACGACAUGACACCUGUGUCCGAGCUGCCCUUCACCGUGCGGCCAAAGUCACGCAAGGAGAAGAACAAGCUGGCAUCCAGGGCGUGUCGUCUGAAGAAGAAGGCGCAGCACGAGGCCAACAAGAUAAAGCUGUAUGGGCUGGAGCAAGAGCACAAAGGAAUGUUGAACAUUAUUGAGGAUGCCCGUUCAGUCCUCCUUAAGAAGGUAGAUUUGGGACCCAAUGGCAUCAUCACCCCCUCACCACCACAUGUGCUCCAGUCCUCUCCCAACACCAACCUGUCAACCCAGGGUUCCAUCACACAGCACCUUGAGAAGAUGGGCAAAAUGAUAAACAAGCACAGAAUUGCUGGACACACGACAGACUUUGUCAACAAAGUCAUUGAGAACUGUCAGAAUGGUAACUCAACAGGUGGCCUGGAGGAGGUGACCAAGAUCUUCAGCAACACCAACCUGGCCACCAGCCCUCCCUCCUCCAGGGGCGGCUCUGGAUUCUCGCCCCACUGAGCCUCUGGCUGGCAGAGUCACAUGGUGCACACCGAAGGUGCUGGCGGCGUAUUGGCUUAUUUUUGAGCACUGUUUGUUCGUAAGGAGACGUGUUCAACCCUGAAAAACAAGUUAGCCGCUAGUAAUGAUAUCCAUGACUUAUGAAGUAUAGGCUAUAUCAUGCUACACACUUGUUAUACACCCCUUUGGUGACCUCAAUCUUCCUCACCUGAACUAUAAGUUGAUGUACUGUGUGAGUAAUUUGCUUCUAAGAAGAGUUUUAUGAUCAGUGAUUACAACAUAGCUGACACGACACUGCAAGUGUUGUGUCUGUGAUGGAGGCAGGUAGGGGGAACAGCCAGGCUGGGCUCCCACACCACACAUUGGCUGUGACUGUUUGAGGAGCGACUGAUUUGCUACAAAACACAUGACGUGUUGUUACUGUAGAUCUUAGGAUACCUGAAGGGCACUGCUGUGUACGAAGCCUCUCAUCAGGCCACCCAAACAUAGUCAUAACAUUUAUCAGUAGAUGCUUUGAGGCUUACCUCAUCUUCCUCACAAGUCAACGGGUUUCCUAAAGUUUGGACAGUUGGGAUAAGCUGACUCCCUGUUUUAACUUUAAUAUCGCUAGUUAUCUUUGAUUUGUGAGUCAUUGAUAUAUAUAUAUAUAUAUAUAUAUAUAUAUAUAUAUAUAUAUAUAUAUAUAUAUAUAUAUAUAUAUAUAUAUAUAUAUCAAUUUUAACUUAUGACAAUAAGUUGGUGUGCAUGGACUCUUGGAUGAGUCAGUCAAGGAGGAAGAGGGGUUGGGAGUUAGUUCUUAUAUUCCUAAACAGUACCCAAUACUUAACUCAUGAAACAUUAAUUCGUCCGCUUCGGCUAACUUGAAGCAAUGAGUGGCUGAGAAACGGCUAAAUAUGACCCAAUUAUGAGAUUAGUGAAACAGCUUGGAAAUACUUCAGCACGUUCCUCUCACAACAAUGCAGCCACUAGUAUUUUUGUUUUUCAAUCAAAUAUCAUGUGGUUUGGGUUACAAAAUACACCUACUUGCGACAGCUGGCAUCUAGCCCUGACCAAACCCUCCCCAAGAAUACGGAAUUAUUGAACGGCCAAAUCUGUUGCACAUUACACUUUUCCAUCUCUACCGUCACACACACUGGGGGAGAGAGAAACAGAGAGAGGAUAAACUAUACUGUCCAGUUUUUAGACCAGUGUCAUGAAUGGUGGGUUUCCACAUCACCACGACCUGAGUUUACUUCAUCUCUGGGUUGUGGGUCACCGACACAGGUGGCUGUCCUGGAGCAGUGACACCACCCACGCCGGGAAACUGGCGGCCACACCGAAGCGGAUGGGUUACACACGAGCCCUGCUAAGGAAACCUUCAGUAUCAGUAGAGUAACCUGCCCUGAGGUCCACCAAUGCUUGUUCAUUACUCAAUUUUUUGUUGUUGUUGUGAAAAUAUUGUUGUAUAAAAGUGUUAGUCAUCGCUGGGGAUGAAUGACUCCAUAUAUUGCAUAUUGUACAGAUAUUUUUUGCAGCUUUUGUGUCUUACUAUAGGAUGUAAUAAUAUAUUCAAUUGAAGGUGGUCUGUAGCAUUCCUGCUGGUUGGUAUUUAUAUAGCAAAUAUCCUUAAGACCAUAGCAAAAAGGAAAAAAAAAACAUCUUUAUAGUGCAGUGUUUAGUGCUGGGGGAAGGACUUGCCAUACAUCGUGUCCAGCAGACAAAUUAAUAAGCUUGUAGUCAAUAAGGAAAGGAAAUCAAUUAUGUUUACAAAGAUUACUAUGUAGAUUACUUUUGGUGGGCCUCAAAUAAUCACCAUGGCCCAGUCCUUGGGCCUGGACCCACGACAUUUCCGUGGUCACUUAGGGCCUCGACAGAUAUAUUUUUAACAGUUUUAAAAGUAAGGUUAAGGAGAAAACAGAUAUAGAAGAAAUAGUGCCAGAACUUCCUGGCGAAAGUUACUCCCCAUUUUUGCUCAUCUUGGCCCUGCCUGCCCUGACUGUACUGUAGCCCAGCCAUUCAGUGGAGGCCCAGCCUGCCUUGCCACCUGUAUAGCUACUAGCAGCUCAAGAAACUAAUGCAAGGUUACCACAGCCUGUCAUUCCCAUAGUAUCAAAAACAUUUAUAUUCGUUCUCAAGGUGGUGGAACCUGCAUUAACUCUGGCCUGAUAACAACUAUCUUGGCAAUAUCACUAGUUGAGCUGAAGUAUGAAAUGCUUUCAAGACAAUUUUAACAGAGCUGUUGUAAACAUAUAAAUGAGAACUUCCAGCCUUUCCUCCAGACAAUUUUGGGGUGGCAACAUGCAGUAGGGCUUGCCUUAGGCUAGUUAAGAAUAGUAUUAUCAUGCUGUCCUGGAACACUUAAAGACAUUUUGUAGUAGCCUCUGUUAUAAUAGCCUUGAAUGGAUUAUCUACUGCAGAAAGAUUUCUAUGUAUUCCAAUGGAGUGUUAUAAUACAUCCCUGAGCCAAAGAAUUUUUCAUCACAUGAUCACAUUAAGAACAGUUUUGUCAGCCCUGCCAGCCAUGUCAGCCCCACACAUGCACAGCUCCGUCAGUACGGAUGACAACUGGCCUGGCAGGCACAAACUGAGGCAUUCACUCAACUACAUUUUUUGGUUACUAUGUUUACAGUGCCCAAAUCUGAUGUGUGCAUCAUCAUGUUCUGGCAACCUGCUGUCACAUGGCAUGUCUGAUUUUAUGGAUAGUAAAUGAUAGCCUACACAUAGGAAAUAGUUAUCAGUAUCAAUACUAUCCAGGCAGCAGUGAUGAAUACCAUCAGUUAUAGUUCAUUUUAAGUUUCAAAUUAUCAAUGAUGUUGAAGACAGCAGUUUUAUUAUACUUUUAUCUGCAGAGCUAUUUAAUAAUUAUAAUCAGUAAGCUUAUAAAUUAACAAAGCAGCUGUCUGCAACAAUAUUAAUAAUUUACAACUCUAAAUCAACUGUAAUUGACAGUGUUCAUCAUUGUUGCCUGCAUUUUAUUUAUACUAAUAACUUUCCCAUGUGCAGUUUAUUACAUAAUUAUUGAACACCCCAUGUGACAGCAGGUUGCCAGAGCAUGAUAAUGCACACCUUCACCUUGGACUAGGGUGCCAUUAGUUUAGGCCUUCCUUUGUAUAAUGAAAGUAGUGUGUAGGUAAGAAAAUUAAUGGUGGGAGGGAAUGACACACAUGCCUGUUUAGCCUGCUAAACAAAAUACACUUGACCUUUGAUUUCCCGGACAAAAUCCUGGGCUCAGCAGUUGUCGGACAUAUGCCUAGCAGGAACUGAUAGAACUGAGGUAAAAAGUCGGGUUCAGAUAAGGCUGAAAUUUGCUGAACAUAUGCCUAGCCUAGUCUGGGUAUGGAAGCAGAAGGCUGGCCAUACAACAGUUUUCCUCCCCCAGUUCAUGUCUGCAACACUCGCUGCUCCCUGGGUGGCCACAUAUUUGUUAUGGUGGCAGUGAUGGUCAUGUUGCCUCUACAAAAGGUCCACGAAAUCACUAAGCUUCUCGUUCUCCUUGUUCAGAGUUGUUGAAUCCCUUUGAUUAUAUUUGCUAUUUCUGUAUUAACACUCAUUCAUUGGGGUGGCGGUGGCGUCUAGGACGACAUGGGUUCACGCCCCGUCUGGUGCCUCAGUCACCACCAAGUAGCCCAAGACUACCCACAUGUCCAAAAGACCACCUAUCAACCCAGGCUCUGGAUUCUCUCUAAAAGAGAGGGUCGUUGAUGAGCUCGGAGGGGGGGGGGUUCUUCAGUGAAAUAUCUACCACAGGUUCGGUAAACUGCUUCUUUUGACAUUAGCCAUUUGCCAUUAGAGUAGCCAAUGAGGCCAAGAGCAAUCCCAAGGGCUUAUUUAAAUUGAACAAAAUGAAAACAAGGGAGAGAAUUGGACCGUUGAAAACAAACACAGGUGAGCUCGUUGAGAAUGGAGAAAAUAUGGGUCAAAUGUUGAAUGACUACUUUCAGUUUUCAUGCAGCCUAUGGAAUGUGAUACCGAUUUUCAAAAAUGGAGACAAGCCAGCCACUUCAAAUUAUCGCCCAAUUAGCUUAACAUCAGUUGGAGUCAAUUAUAGCCAGGAACAUUCAGGACCAUCUAGAAAAGCAUAGUUUAAUUCAUGACUCACAGCAUGGGUUCACGAAGGGUAGGUCUUGCCUUACUAACCUGUUGUCCUUCUACACUAAAGUAAUAGAGGUGGUUGACAAGGAUGUAAACUAUGACAUACUAUAUCUAGAUUUCAGUAAAGCAUUCGACAAAGUCCCUCAUCACUGGCUGUUACUAAAUUUACAGGCUCACAGCAUAGAUGGGAAACUCUUGAACUGGAUCAGGGCUUGGUUUAGUGGUAGGAAACAGAGAGUGCAAAUCAAUGGCAAAAAAUCUGAAUGGGGCAGUGUUAUGAGUGGAGUCCCACAGGGGUCAGUGCUAGGUCCGCUGCUUUUUUUUUUCAUUCACAUCAAUGAUUUGGACACAGGAAUUAACAGUCCUGUCAGUAAGUUCACAGUUGAUACCAAGAUUGGUAGAGUAAUCCAAUCAGACCUGAAUGCUAAUGUUCUCCAGGAUGAGCUAGACAUUAUCUGAUUGGGAGGGUAAGUGGCAGAUGGAAUUCAAUGUUGGGAAGUGUAGCAUUCUGAGUGUAGGUAGGAAUAACCCCUCACACAAUUACUCCUUAAACAACACUGCUGAGCAAUUCUGGGUGUGAGAGAGACUUAAGGAGUCUUAGUGUGCACUUACCUCCAUCCUAGGGCUCAAUGCAUUCAAGCUAAGAAUUGUGCAAACAGGGUACUGGAUUUCAUCUCGAGGAUCGUAAGCAAUAGGAGCGCUGAAGUCAUCCUCAAACUUUACUUAGCAUUAGUUAGAUCUCAUCUUAAUUAUGCGGUUCAGUUUUGGUCCCCUUAUUAUAAAAUGGAUAUCAAGAUGUUAGAAUCUAUAUGGGCGGAGGAAAAUAAUGAUUUAAGAGAUGAGAAACUUGCCUUAUGAGGAUAGACUGAAGCAUUUAAAACUACACUCUGGAAAGACGAAGGUUAUGAGGAGACUUGAUCGAGGUUUAUAAAUGGAUGGAGGGCUUUGAUUAGGGGGAUGUUAAUAUAAUUUUGGUUGUAAAAGAGCCAGGCAGAACAUGUAGCAACGGUUUAAAGCUAGAUAAAUUUAGACUCAACAAAGACAUCGGCAAGAAUUGGUUUACCAAUAGAGUGGUGGAUGAGUGGAACAGACUUGGCAGUCAUGUUGUGGGUGUCAAUACCAUAGAUACAUUCAAGAAAUUCAUGGAUAGUGGGGUUAGGAUUACAAGAGCUGCCUUGUACAGGCCAACCGGCCCCUUGCAGACUUUACGUUCUUAUGUUCUUAUACAUUCUUGUCUAUUCGUGUACUAUUAUCCGCUGAGCAGCUGCUUAUAGUUAUGAUCAUUUUUAUAUCAGUUUCAUAUUUUUAUAACCUGAUUUUUAUAAAAAGAAGCAUUUAAUAUUAAAUAAUUUGGAUGGUAUGAUAUACUUAACCACCUCAAAAUGGCGAACACUUCUUGACUGCCACCAAACAGCAUGUCCUUUGUUGACGUGUACUGCAAGUCUUCACAUGACUUGUUUUAGUUACUCUCCUAGAUUACCGAUUACUGAUUCCCAGACUUCUGUAAUUUCUGGACAGGUGCUCCUCCCUAUUAGUCUGGGAAAUCAAGGGUCAAGUGUAAUGUAGUGCCUUAUGUUAAGAAUGUUGUGCAUUCUGAAUUAGCUUCAGAGACACAAUAAUAAACAAAAUUUCCCGCACGCAAACAGACGCCUGGCAGGCAUUGCAGACAUUGGCCAGACCUUUGUCUCGAUGUCUGGACUUGACCAGGCAUGUGUCUGGCAGUAACCAGACUUAGCCAAACCCCAGACUCUUUACCUUGAUUCUAAUUCAGUUACCGUACUUGACCGGGCAUAUGUCCGGCGACCACCAGACCCGGGAUUUUGUCCAAGAAAUCCAAUAUCCAGGAAGCCAAGUGUCGAGUGUAUUGUGAAAAACUUAAAAGACCUGAGGUUUAGUGUGUUUCCUCCACUAAUGGUUCUUUAAUUUAUCUUAUUUUUUCUUUUAAAACUGUACACACUUACAAUAAUGUAACUUCCCAUUCCAUAUUAUUCAUAUAUAUUAAGAGAUAAUUUACGUCAGUCUUUUAAGGUUACAAGUUCUACUUUUGGGAUUUUACCACUUCUUUAGGCAGUGGUGACACUUUUGAGCAUUAUUAAUGGAUCAGACUCUUCAGUAAUGACAAACUAAUGGCUGUAUCUCACACGUUCUUUACCAAGGCUGCCUAGCGGGUAAAGUUGUUUCUAUGCAUCCCUCCUAAACUUAUCAUCACGCCAUCAUCUCAACUUUCAUCCUCAGAGAACGUCACUUUACUUGGUUCAUGGCAUGUCAAACUGAUGAAUUCUAUACCAACGUACAAGGUAAUGGCAUGUCGGCCCUCAGUCAGAGUUUUAGCCGCUGUCCAUCCUUCGUUGAGGCAGGAUUUGUGUUUUCAGCUUUGCAUUUAAUGACUUGUGACCUACUUAACCCGGUAGCAGCGGGGAUCAUGUUUCUUAAUGGUCCCUCUAAGCGAGAAAAAUGAAAAAAAAAUAUCACUCACACAAACCAUUUCAUUAUAUAUAUCAAAGCAUUUGUGAUCAGUUUAUGCAUCAUCUAUUUUGGGGGCAGAAAUUUGGCCCGUCGCUGCUACAGGGUAAAGCCACAAAUUUGGCCCGUCACUGCUAACGGGUUAAGCUUCAGCAUAUAUUCAGACGAACUAAAAUUAUUCACAUGCAAAGUUAUUUCAGAAUAUUGCUUCUCCAGUUGCAAUUUGAUAGUUUUCAGUGGAUGCCACCACCAACCUAUUUCAUGUGAGGCCAUGUCAAAAAUCACACUAACCAUUAUAUGAAGUAGUUCUGCAUUGCUCAUUUAUUUUGUGCAUAAGAAUCCCUCAAAUGAAGUAAGAGCACAACAAGUCUGCUUGCAUAGGCAGCUCCCUUUAACUUUAGCAGCUGUCAUUCCCAUCUGAAUCCAUCCCACCUACCUUAUGACCCAUGUUAGCAGAAAGAAAAGGCUGCUGAGUUUGUUCCACUUGUCCGUAAUUCUUUACAAUCUGGUGUGAUGAUUCUGAAUGCCUUGCCUUGGGGCACAGAACUGAAUGUGUGGCAGUCCUUGUCGACAGACUGACUUGGUCGGCUUGGCUGAUGCCAGCCGACAGAGUUGGUCUGUUGGCACCCUGCUACAGGCCACCAUUUGCAAAAGCCCCUGUGCUCCCCCCUUUUAGGAGGGAGUAAAUUUUUAACAACAACAACCAAAUGUGACAUUGUAGUCAGUUUACCUUUCCCGGGCUUCCCCUGGGUGCUCAGUUUCUGACUGGUUCACCCAAAAACUGUGGCUUGGCUGCUCCAGCCCAGAUUUAGUAUUCAUAACAUUUAAAAGUCUUUCAAACACUUGAAAGGGUUUUAGUUUCAUCAGGUCUUCUUCUUUGUUUAAUGUCCUUAUUUCCCUUCUUUCAUAAGAUCAGUAAGUUAAGAAAAAAAGUGUUGAAGGAGCAAGUGGAGCCAGUGAUACAACUGUCCAUUUUCUGUUUGCUCAAAGGAUAUUUUUCCAGACCAGUAAAACUCAUUAGAUCAGUAAGUUUUGAAAAUGUCUGAAAAAAUAUCCUUUAAGCAAACAGAAAAUGAACAGAUGUACCAUUGGCAUGACCCGGCUCCUCCAACACAAACUCAUUCACCAGAUAUCCAUUCUUCAUUCUAUAGAUGCUAUAAAGAAUAUUUACCUACAAUGGAAUAUCUCAUUUACAUAUAUGUGGUUUCAUUAAAGUGUGGCAUGCUUGUAAAUUUGUUCACUGAUAAAAUAGCUACAGUGACAAGAUUAGACAGCAAUGGGGUAGUACUUAGGACAUGGGACAGAGUAUGGCAAGUCUGAACCGGCACACAAGGAUGAGUUUGUGUACCUGAAACUGUAGGUUAGGUUGCCUGGUGCCUAUCUAGUCGCACUAAUUCUUCACAGCAUUUGUAGUGAGGUUGUCUUGUGUAGCUCAAGAGUAAUUUGUAAUUAAAACAGACAUGAUGGUGCCGAUAAACUCGGCUGGAGUAUGUUUUGCAGGAAUAUUUUGUCGAGUCUUUUCAUAAAACUUUACCUCAAGAAAAAAAAAAUCUUAAUUCUUUACUCUUCCAGUUUUCUUACUGCACCUGCAGACUGUACUGGUGGCAGCAUGAGGGUAGAGGGUGGCUUGCAUUACACUGGAAAAGACUCCUUUCAUGCUAUGCAGGGACAUGACAAGACUGGCCACCACACUAACAGGUUCUACUAAUGGGAUUCACACAGUAUGAAAAGUUUUCUUGCAUAUAUCACAGUAAAUUUUUGCUCCAUAAGAUUCUCCUCAUAUCAGAACCUCUUCACUGGUUGAGUGCUGUUUAGCUGGAUUGUGUACACACAUGUAUCAACUAUGGUCCAGUAAGCUUCAGUAUGCACUUGGAGGAUAUAGAGUGUAAUGGUGUGCCCCAAUUGUAUUAUGCCAGCACCAGCUCCCUUCUUAGCAAGUCAGGCCUGGGCAUGCAGCACAAGCUCUCUGUGCUUAUUGUCUGUACCAGGAACAUGACUUUGGUAGCAGACCAUUAUAUCCCUGGAACACUCGAGUACACUAAAAGCAUCAUGGACAAGGUUUUAUGCCCCCUUUCCAGAAUAAUCCACUAGAGUGAGGUUCAGCUGUACUCUGCUUCUGUUCACUGAACAUGUUGCACUGCGAGAAGUAUACAAGCACUUUCAUCAGGUCAUUAACAUGUGGCAAUCCCUUCUCAUGAGAUAGUUCUCCAAAGUGUAAUAUUCUAUGCUACCCUUGUUCCAAGCAUAAUUUUCCCUAACAUAUUACAAUGGCCUUUAUGUAUGUAACUUUGAGGGUAUAUGACAAAAUUUAGAGUGACAGAUUAUUCUCCCUAUAAUAUGUGGUCAUUUCCAUGUAUCUUCCAUGUAAGCAAGUUUUUUAAUAUGGCUGGGAUCCUCCGCUAUUUAGUGUUGCCAGGCUGAUAGGUCAUCCAUUUAGUUGUGCAUCAUUCUUGCUUUAGUGAAAGUUGAAUGGAAGCUUCCCUCCUCCAAAUACUUUAAUCUGGACCUCAAGCAUCAGACACUGAAAACCACAUACCUCCGUUCUUCCUGCCUCCUGUCUACUGUUAGUCAUUUACAGAUCAAUCAUCUGUGAUACGAAUUCAGGUUUAAUAUAUGUCCGUAUUGAAGAAAACCUAAAAAUAGCAUAAAAUAGAUAAAAAAAAAAUAAAAAAAAGUAAUGGAUGAAAACAGAGAAAGAAAUUCAUAA